AAAUUUAGACUACCCGACGGGUUGUAACCGUUCAUUACCGGGAUCUAGGACCCGAAAUCACUAACGGUUCCAGCUUUGGCACCCAGAACCGGACCCGAUUAACCCGGUCUUUGUGUGGAUAGUCUUGCAAGAGCUGGACCUAUCAAUGAUGACGGAGUUAUUGAAUUCAAACCAGGGUGUUUUGGUGAAAUAUUAAACCAGAAAUAUGAUAAGAUGUAUGGCAUCAACCAUAACAUAUGGUGUGCCAUGGCUGGAAAUUUAGUUGCUGUUGAGUCGUGUCUGAGGGUCACGCACAGGGAGUUUCGGAAAAAACUCAAUGGUGGAUAUAAGACUAUUACUGUGUGGGAUGUUGCAAAAAAUCUCCAUACUAAUCUGAAGAAGGUUCGAGGUUUUUCUCUGGAUGUUAUUUAUGUGAGCUUCUUGGUUGCCGGAUACGACGCUGAGGUUCCUAGAUUGUAUGAGGUCAACAGGGGUUGUUGCCAACCUCGUCAGUACGCAUGCAUUGGUUCUGGCGCAUCUUUUGCUCAAGAAUAUAUGACUGAAGUGUUAGUUUUACAUACUUUU